GCCUCAGCUUCACGUCGCCGCCAUUUUUGAUCCCCCCCAAAAUAAUAAAAACAAAUGAUAUUUUGUUUUCGCGAAGAAGUUACGAAAGUGUAACAAUCAACUAACGCACAUAAGAAAUCAGCGCAAUUAGCAGAUAGUCCUCCGACAUCGUCGUUUUUUGAGUGUUUCUCCUGCCCGCCAGCAGAUGUCACUGAUGUAUCUCGGGCAGCAGCUGCUGGAGGCCGCACGAACUGGACAGGAUGAUGAUGUCAAAGCUCUGAUGGCCAAUGGAGCUCCGUUCACCACAGACUGGCUGGGCUCGUCGCCGCUGCAUCUCGCAGCCCAGUACGGCCAUCACUCAACCGCUGAGGUGCUGCUGCGUGCCGGCGUCAGCAGGGAUGCCCGAACCAAGGUGGACAAGACCCCUCUUCACAUGGCCGCCUCAGAGGGUCACUCCAUCAUAGUGGACCUGUUAGUGCGGAACGGCGCCGAAAUCAACGCCAAAGACAUGCUGAAGAUGACAGCGCUGCACUGGGCGGCUCAGCACGGCCACAGGGAGGUGGCCGAGCUCCUGCUGAGGUACGGAGCCGACGUCCACUGCCUCAGCAAGUUCGACAAGACGCCCUUCGACAUCGCCAUGGAUACCAGCAACACUGAGCUGAUGAUACUGCUACAGGACGGCAUGCAGAACCAGGUAAACAUCAACCCCGAGUCCCACUACAUAAUCCCUGCUGGUGGGCUGGUCAACCUCUCAGAGCUGAUCACCAAGACCGCUGCAGGCAAGUCAGAGGAGGACACAACCCUACAGCAUGUGGUGGGCGACGGCGGACAGAGGGUCAUUACCAUAGUGACGGACCAACACGGCAACCUGCAGCCAGCCGCCAUGGGCCAGCAGUUCAUCUUCACCCUGCAGGGGCAGCAGAUGGUGGCAUUGCCAGCCAGCGCAAUCACAGAGGAGGUGGUGGUUGAGGAGCAGGCCACGCCCACACGCAAGAGGAAGACAGACUCCACAGCCUAUCACAUCAGUCGAAGAGACAAGAAGGUUAAAGAAAGUCGCGAGCAGCUAGAGCAGCAGCUGCAGGAAGCCACACUCAAAGCCCAAAAGUACCAACAGCAGCUCCUGCAGAAGGAACAAGAGGCUGAGCAGUAUCGCAUCAGACUGGAGCAGGCCAUAGCCACCAGUAACAACAGCAUUACUGUUACCUUAAAGAAUGGUGCUGCAGUGAAGCAGGAGGAGGAGGAGGCGGAGGUGGUGGUAGAAGAGCAGCUAGAGACCACAGAGGAAGCUGCAACAAAAGAGGUGGAAGAGGGGGAGAGGAAAUACACAGAGGAGGCGGAAGAGGUCGUCCCUGAACUUCCAGAAGAUGCGAUUCUUGUGACUGAGAGCGAGCUGGAUGUGGAGGUCGAUGCCACAAAGGAAACAGACAAGUCUUCCCCCUCUCGACGAGGGAGAGGCAGGGGGCGAGGCAGAGGGGGACGCAGACACUAGCUGACAUAUCUUGUGGUACUUAUUUAAUAAUAAUAAUCCUUUUGUAGAAGAUUAGGAAAAGACUUUGUGAAUAUGUCACAGUUUCAUGCUGCGAAAGGUUAAGAACGGGUCUGACAUAUUCGCAUUGGUACGGCAGGUUAAACUUGCAAUAAUUGUUGUGGGCCACAUAGACGCUAGGACACCCUGACAGUUACAUUACUGGUUCUCACUCUUUGUACACACUCAAACCUGCAUGAAGUGUUUGUUUUUUUUUGGCCACGUUUGUAAAGAAGAUCUCCACAGCAAGCUGUGAGCCAAUGAAAUGUAUGUAGGUAGGAUUUAGACCGGAAACCUCAUCUCGUUGUGCCAGAGCCAGAAAAAGAGGGACAUAAUGAGAUGAGACUGAUGCAGCUGUACAGGUUGUUGUAAGCUGAUUUACAAACGUAACUCUUAACAUGACUAACAUUAGGUUACUGCUCCAUGCAAUCACAGCAGAUGGGACAGAUAUGUCUUAAGUGAUUGAUUAAGGCAAAAAAAGAGAACAAAACUGGCUAGAAUUAAUGGGGAAGUGGCCUGUUUACACUGGAAUCUGAUAUGGGACACGUUUAAACAUUAAUAUGAACAGCCAAACAAAUGUGAUCUGAGCUAUAAAUCAGAAUUUAGCGCUAAAGCUUGCAGUGUGAAUGUAGCCAUAGUUUUCUGAUCCAAUAUUGAUUGCAACACAAAUUCACAUUCUCAGUUGCUACAAUGCAGUUCUAGCUUUUGUUCCUUCAGCCGUCCUCGCUCAUAGUGACAGUUACAGUACUAGCAAAAGAGUUCACCUUUAUAAGUGUCUAAAAAAAAAACCUUUGCACCCCACUUCCUCUUCAUCUUAUAGUUACUCAUUAUUCGGUGUUGUAUUCUCAAGUAUUUUUUGUGUUUACAUCAUUCUUUUUGCCAGGGUUUGUGAUGAGGGCCCUCAGACUGUGGUGUGUCACUGUGCCUCAGUGGAGGUUCACAGUACGGACAAAGAUAAUCAUGAAGCAAUUACAGUAAGAGCACUUCAUGCUCUCUUAUCCAGGGUGACCUACAGUGAGCAGAUAGGAGCUCGGUGUUGGGCUCAAGGACUCUUCAGCAGAAUGCACAGCAGUUGAUGGAUACACCUUAUCUUUUCUGGGAAUCAAACUUGUGACCUUUAUGUUUUCAAAGCAGCCUCUUCUCAACCACCAGCCAUUCACUUCUUUUACUGUGUGAUAUUAUGAGUUCAACAUGAUUUACAAAAAGACAGAUCUGACUGUUUUUUUUUAAAGGAAAAAACUAAAAGUGGGUGAAAGUGACGUGUUGAUUUUAACACGUCAGCACCUUUAAACACGACAGCAUCAGUGUCAUUGUCCACUAGAACAAAUGAAGGAAGAGGCUGAGCUGGUUGUGUGGCCAGAACAAAAGGUUGAGAACCACUGAUGUACACAGCCCACCAGCUGUCAGGGGAUGUUUGUUUACAUGUUUGCACUUAAAGGUCCGGUGUGUAACAUUUAGGAAUCUACUGGCAGAAAUGGAAUAUAAUAUGUACGUUUUUAUCAGUUUAUAAUCACCUGAAAAAAGAAUAGUUGUGUUUUUGUUACCUUAGAAUGAGACGUUUUUAUCUACAGAGGCUCCCUCUUCCUCUUUUACAAAGGCUGCCAUGUUGAACUGCCAUGUUUCUACAGGAACCCCAAAACGGACAAACACUGGCUCUAGAUAGGUACGGGUUUCGCAGCCGCCAUAUUUUCUCCUACACGCUUUAAAGGCAACUAAAUCCUUCACACUGGUCCUUUGAGCGCUGUAUUCAUGCAGUAGCAGAAAAUCUGACAUGUAAGUCUGUUUUCAGGUAAAAGUUGGGACAGAUCUUACAGAGAAAUAAGGAAGUGCCUCAGAAACUACAAAGAUACCUAUACUUCAUCAUUUCCUAAAACAUUGCCAGUUUCUUAAAGGGGCACUCCACUGAUUUUACACAUUAACAUUACAGUAGUUCACUAGUUAUGGGAAGGACUACACAGCCUAAGAAGAUAUGUAUAAUAUCUCCUGUGGCUCUGGAGGAGGAGUCCAGAGCCACAGGAGAUAUUAUACAUAUUUUCUUCGUCUUUUGUCAAGUCAAAGAAAACAAACCCCAAAUGACGUCAUAGUGAUGUUAUCAGGGUUAAUCUCAGUUUACAGAAUAAAAAUGUAGAACAGAAAGCUGCGUUACAAAGCUGGGGAGUGGGGUCUAAAAGACUAAAGGCGCCUAUACACUGUGCCGACAACAAUGUUUGUUCAUCACUUGUCACAUUGUGCGAGGUGGGUUUGAUGAAGUCUUGGGCGCCAUCUGUGUCAGACUGUAUGAAAUCAAGUUUGAGCAUGUUGUAAGGUGUGAUUAAAGCCUGAUGAAUCGUAGCUUUAGGAUGUAAAAACUGUCAUCAUGUCAGGAAAUGUCACCAACUCCAUCUGUGCUGGUCUCAGUGCUGGCACUUCUGUGAAUAGAAUAUGAAAUGAAGUGAGUUGGAGGUAAAGGAGGAUUACACCAGUGGAUCCUGCGUCAUUAUAUAUCACAUUCAGGAUGGUUAGCCUGUAAAGGAGGUUGUAGCGGUUGUAGGUCCUACAUUUCUUGUGGAUUUUGAUACAAGCUGUCUUUGGUCUUAGAAGUCUUCCAUCAUCGUAAGCUCAACGAAGGAGGAUUUCACCACGUUGCUCUCACAGUUGUCGUCUGUCAUAUGAGACUGCACAGUGUAAAGGGGCCUUCAAAGUCAGGAUAACUCCUCCUCCAUUGCUUUGAUUUUGACAAUUCUUAAUCUGUCCCCCAACUUACAAUAGAAAUAUACUGUACUAACUUUACUUUGUAAAACUUAGUUGUGUAAUUCACUGAGGCAAUAAAAGGCACCUAAAAAGUAAAAAAAAAAACCAUUUCUUAUGUAAUGUAAGAAAACCCCCAAAAGAUUUGCAAAUAAAAGACGGGGGAACCCUGUUGGGUUGAUUUAAAGUCAGAUUUUCUGUGUGAAUUCAGGAAGUUAAUGUACUCAUUACUGAGUGGUUUUGUGGUCGUUAUGGUUUAUUAUUUUUUAGUAUGCGAGAGAAAGAGGUUUAAAAAUAGUACAAUAUUUAAUCAAAAUCUAAGAGUUUUACAUCUGGGAUAUUUUUAAAUAAAAUGUUUUACAUUUCAAUAAAAAUGCUCUUUUUUUAUUUGCA